GUUAUACAUAAAAAGUGUUCGGUUUGCUUCGGUGUGUUCCGUGCCGUACGAUAUUCGACAAUUUCGACCCUUUCGUUUAAAUAAUCUGCCUAGAGAGACACUUCUGUGAGUGCAUGGGGCUAGGCUCAGUCUGCGCAGUUUAAUGCACGGCACGUGUCUGGAGCCUGUCCUGGAGCGAUGCCUCCGAUGAGUCAUAGGCCACAAAAGGCCCAGCAACCCCAACGAGCGAACGAGUGAAUGGAUGGAAAACGGCAGCUCGCGUGUCUACUCUCGCCAUGUCGACUAGCCCGAAACCGGUUAAGAAGGUGCCGAUUCACCUGCAGAGCGCCCAGAACCGUGUCUACAUUAAGAAUGGCGAGAUCGUCAACCACGAUAAGUCGUUCAAGGCGGACGUAUACAUCGAGGACGGCGUUAUCAAGUUUGUGGGACCCUCCUCAGAAAUUACGAUACCGGGAGGAGUGCGCACCAUCGACGCCAGCGGACUGAUGAUCAUUCCCGGAGGCAUCGAUCCCCACACGCACAUGCAGCUGCCUUUCGGAGGAGCCGUGGCCGUCGACGACUUCUACCACGGAACCAAGGCUGCCGUGGCCGGCGGCACCACCAUGAUAAUCGACUUCGUUCUGCCCAACAAACACGAGUCGAUGAUCGAGGCCUACGACAAGUGGCGCAGCUGGGCCGAUCCUAAGGUGUGCUGCGACUACGGAUUGCACGUGGGAAUCACCUGGUGGUCCAAGUCGGUGUCCGAAGAGAUUGGCAUUCUGUGCAAGGAGCUCGGAGUGAACUCCUUUAAGACGUUCAUGGCUUACAAGGGACUUUACCAGCUAAACGACUCGGACCUCUUGGAUGUGUUUGAGCGCAUUCGGCAGUUCAAUGGUGUGGCAAUGGUCCACGCGGAGAACGGGGACAUCAUUGCGAAGAACACUCAGCGCCUGCUGGCCGAGGGCAUCAACGGGCCGGAGGGUCACGAGCUGUCGCGACCCGAGGAGGUCGAGGCCGAGGCGGUGCACCGCGCUUGCGUGCUGGCCCACCAGGCGGCCUGUCCGCUCUACGUGGUGCACGUGAUGAGCAAGUCGGCGGGCAUUGAGCUGGCCAGGGCCCGCCAGCGGUACCGGGGGCGGUACAUAAUAGGCGAGACCCUGGCCGCGGCGCUGGGCACGGAUGCGACCUGUUGCCAGCACCUGGGCUUCGACCACGAGGCCGCGCAUGUGCUCAGCCCGCCCUUGCGGCCCGACAAGACGACCCCCGAGUUCUUGAUGAAGCUGCUGGCGAAUGACGACCUGCAGCUGACUGGCAGCGACAACUGCACCUUCAACAAGGAGCACAAGGCCCUGGGCAAGGGCGACUUCACAAAGAUUCCCAACGGAGUCAACGGAGUGGAGGACCGCAUGUCGCUGGUCUGGGAGAAGGGCGUCCACGCCGGGCUCCUCGAUCCUUGCCGCUUUGUGGCCGUAACCAGCACGAAUGCUGCCAAGAUAUUCAACAUUUAUCCCCAGAAGGGACGCAUUGCUGUCGGUUCGGAUGCGGACAUUGUGAUCUGGAAUCCGAACGCCACCCGCACCAUUUCCAAGGACACGCAUCACCACGCCUGCGACUUCAACAUAUUUGAGGGCAUGACAGUGCACGGCGUCUGCGAGUUCGUCCUGGUGCGCGGAAGGAUCUGCGCCGAGCGCGGAAACGUUCGGGUGGCGGAGGGCUUCGGACGGUUCAUCCCCACGCCCGUGCGGCCGCCGUUCGUGUACGACAUUAUCGAGGGCAAGGUGCAGUCGCCGCCGGAGGAGCAGCACGAGGAGAAGCAGAACGGCAACGUGGCCAAGCGGUUUGCCGAGUUGGACAUUCAAAUCCCGGUGCAGGAGCCCAUAAGCGCCAUGCUGGCUGGCAACCUGGCCAUGCCGGCGGAAGGAUCGCUGUGCAGCACGCCUUCGGUCCGCGGGCGCGUCGAUGGCAAGCGGGACUUGCAGGAGUCUUCCUUCUCCAUAAGUGAGGAACUCGACAGGUCUGGCGUUCGAGCGUGCAUUAAAGUGAAAAACCCACCCGGCGGAAAGUCUUCCGGAUUCUGGUAGACCACAGGUCGUGACUUGUGUGGAUGCGGAAUCGCACAAUCUCCGACGACAGUGUACGCCAAAGUCUGCGCUCAUUCAAUAACUAAACCGGCAUUUAAUAUAGAACCCCGAAACAAAAUCGUAAUCUACCCCAAUUUCAACAUAAGUACAUGCGAGUAUAGCCACAAACCCAUUAAGGAAGGAUCAUUCAUCUGCUUUGUCAUCUAAUACUUAGAUCGCCUCUUGUUGAUACCAUUUUUGUUGAAUUCUUCAAGCAUGAAGCCUCUAAGCAAGUGUAGUCGACGGCUUGAAUGGAAAACGAAAAUCAAACAAAUUCGCUUGCUUAGGUAUUUUUGUUGAACUCGCUUAUUUUUAAUACUCAAUUGUUUACAAGGAGACUUAGCACAAUUGUUUGUACUCAUGGUAGCUACUAGGCAAUCCAAGCUAAAUCAAAAGGCUCGCAAGAAUAACCGAGCUGAAUGCAUAAUCCAUGGCAACUAUUUAUUGAUACCCCUUUGAAGAAGAGUACAUCGAUCAUGCCCGAGAAUUAAAGUACCGUGUGGGAGCAAAUUCGGCAUUUCAUCUGAGGAUGUCUAAAAUUAUAUAAUUCAACCAUGUUUCGAUUCAAAUUUAUAAAUGUGCAGAACUAUUUAUUAUAAACACAUACUUUAUAUACAUGUAUUUCAUAGUAAAAGCAGAACACAAAGAUCAAACUAAUAAACUUUACCAAAAAUGGAAA